GCACAUCUUUUUGCAGCUGCAACAAGUUCCAGGGCUGGCUCAGCGAAUGGCAAUCAUGAUGGGAGUCGCAGAAGUGGGUUCUGAACUAGAAGAAGAAGAAGAGUAUACUGCAGAUGAUGAAGAUGGGGAGGAGGAUACGGGCACGAGCGCGCGGAAGAGUGUGGAGUCGGCAUUGGCAGAAGCGGAAAGAGAGGCAGCGGAUAGGGGGACAGAAGUUUUGUGGCUGGAAUUGGAUGAUCUGGGCAUUGAUGAUGAGAAGCUCUGCUCUCUCAAUCUCUCACGUCGAUAUCCGAGUCUAAUUGGACUUAGUCUUUGGGGAAACAAAAUCACGACCGUCGAUGGAGUUGUGGAAGCAGUGGCAGGCAUGAAUCAAUUGCGGGCUCUUUGGCUGAACAACAACCCUGUUGAGAAGGAGAGGUGGCAUAAGGUCAUUGCGACAGGUGUCAUAAGGCUUGAGAUUUUCAAUGCAGAGGAGCUUCCCUCACUCGAGACGCUUAACCUCAAGGGGAAUCCUCUCAAGGAACAAUCACGGGAUGAGUUGCUGGGGAUCCUAGGGGCACUGCCAAACUUACAGUAUUUGCAGGUGGAUGUUCCCAGUCCCUUGGGUUGGACUCUCGAUGACAUAACAGAUAAUCUUCCAAGCCUUUUGGAGAUCAACAAUGAGAGUGUCGAGGAGAUCAGGAGGAAGAGCUCCAGUGUCACCAACGGUAGCAUUGAUGAUCUUGAGCCUCGACUUCCGGAAUGGUCCCAAGGCGAACCUGUAGUAGAUCGCGUGUUGCGUUCCAUGUGGCAGUAUGUUCAGGAGUAUAGACUUGCCACAGAGGAGAAGCUGGAUGAAACUCCAAUAUGGUAUAUUAUGGAUGAAUUUGGGUCGUCACUCAGACAUAGCGACGUGCCCAAUUUCAAGUGCGUCCCGUUCAUGUACAUGCCUGACGGAACUCUGCAAAGUGCGAUAAGUUUUUCGCUUCUUUGGCCAACUCAAGAUCUUCAAAGAGGCGACGAGUGUUUCCGGGACUACCUGUCAGGCAUCACAGAGCAGAAACACCGCUCCUCUCGGUUAACGGCAUGGUACCAUACGCCACGAUCCUUCUUCAGAAAGGCAUUCGAAGCAAGAGAAGACCGCCUGACUGCCAAUGCUGCGGCUUUGGAGGAGAGGCCAUCACUAGCUAAGGGGCCCGGUAAAACUUCAAGGAGUAUUCGCAAGGAUGACCAGCCACUCAAAAUUUACACAGACAAUCCUCAGGUCUUGGAUGCUCUUAAGCGACCCGAGUUUCAGUUAGUGAAGGAGCCGAAGGAGGCAGACAUUGUAUGGUCACAUGCGCAGGUGGAUGACGAAUUCCGGAAGGCGCUGGAGCUGCGCGACGACCAGUAUGUGAAUCAGUUUCCCUACGAAGCCUGCAUUGUCAUGAAGCAUCAUCUUGCACAGACGAUGAUGAAGGCAUAUGGAAGGAAGCCUUGGUUGCAGGUAACGUACGAGUUGGACUCGGAGGUUCCGGCGAUGAUUGGAGAUUUCCAGCAGAGAGAAGAAUCAGGCACAGACAAUCUUUGGAUUCUCAAGCCGUGGAACAUGGCUCGAAGUAUUGACAGCGUCGUGACUCGCAAUCUAUGUGCCAUCAUUCGCAUCAUGGAGACAGGGCCAAAGAUUUGUCAGAAGUACAUUGAACGACCAGCGCUAUAUAAGGGAAAGAAAUUUGAUUUGCGGUAUAUUUUGCUGGUGCGAAGCAUCAAUCCGUUGGAUAUAUUUGUUGGGGAUAUGUUCUGGUCUAGGCUGUCGAACAAUACAUACUCAACCAAUGAGGCGAUGUUAAGCGACUACGAAACUCAUUUCACAGUUAUGAAUUACGUCAGCGGAUUGAACCAUGUGAAUACGAACGAGUUCGUCUCGGAGUUUGAGAAAGAGCAUGGAGUUUCAUGGGCGGAUAUCGAUGAGCGCGUGAAGGCGAUGUUUCGCGAAGUGUUUGAAGGAGCAGCUAUGGUUCAGCCUGACAUGCACUGUGAAUAUGCAAGAGCAAUCUACGGCUGCGAUGUUAUGUUGGACGAGAACAUGCAGCCAAAGCUUUUAGAGGUGACUUAUUGUCCAGACUGCACGAGGGGGUUCACUUUUGAGAUGACGCGAUUGAGCGACGGAGCGAUCAUCGAUCCGAAGGAGUUCUAUAACACUAUCUUCGGGUGCUUGUUUCUUGACGAGCGGAAGAAUGUGACAUCUUUGUAUGAUUAAGACAUGCGCUGGGUUGUUGGAGUCUUUUCGCACUUGUCAGCAGCUCCUACACCCCAGGUUUGUGUGCUUCGUCCUCUCUCUCCUUCUCGUUUGGAAUUCGGGAUAUGUCGGAGGAUUGGGUAGGGUAACGUUGGCGAUAUAUGGUCUGGGCAGGCGAAUGUUUUGGAGGAAUGAUGACCAGAUUCUGACAGAGCAUUGAGCGGUGAUGGCGACGUGGGGGGGAUGGGCAGGUGAUGUGGUGGUUGUAACGGAGUUUCGGGCCUUCCGGCAAACUUAUUUUUCAAACUUUGCAGCAGAGCGAUGGCUGCCCUCGAACGAGGCACCAAGCAAUGAUGAUGGAAACAUGAAAGGAUCUGCAGGUUGCGGGUUCAAUUCCUUUGCGGCACUUGCAGCUGGUCGACUGCAGAAAUGAAGGAUAGAUUCCGGUAGAAGUCUCACAAUGUUUCUUGUGUGACACUCAUGUGUUGGUGUUGGUUGGCUUUGCCUUCUUUUGACUGUCUUGUAGAAGGUCACGAGGACAGGGGGGGGCAAGACCAGUGGCCAUUUGUGUGUUUGUGGUGGUGGGGUUGGCGGUACGGGGGAGGAAUAGGAACAGCAGUUUGAUUAAAGGAACUUGAUGAGGAUGGAGAGGCAGGAAUGAUAGGGAACCUCGAUGAGGUGGAGAAGGAAAUGACCAUCGGAGGGGAGGUCUACCAAGCAGGAGGGUGUAGAAGGGACCCUCGAAUGAACAGAAACACGAAUGAGGGAGAAAAAAGUAUGUUCGUCUAGAGAAGGAAUGCGCGGUAGAGUUCAGAAGCGACCAGAAACAUGAGAGAAGAACCUUGGUCAGACAGGGAAGGAAUGUCUUCGUCAAACCUGAGGAGGCAUGACAAGAAGGCAUCUUUAGUGAAGUUGAGGUUUUCAAGCGGGGGAUUUAUUCUCAGGGGCUGAGGUGUACGGAUCGACGGGGGAAUGCUCCCCGGGAGGACUGAGAGAGGGUGGAGGGAUCGCAUCGAGAAGGUUGACCCUUUGGCAUCAUGGUGGACACUAACCCCCCCCCCCAUCAAAAUGAACUGCUAGCUGCUAGCGGGGCACAUGCCUAUGGGAGGCUCCCAAGGGUGGCAGUGUGAGGGUUGAUCCUUUGGCACUGGGAGUGUUGAUACUGCGCCCCAGUGAUCUGCGAAAUGCCAGGGGUGUAGGUCCAUGGGAGGUGCAGAUAAUGCUCUGCAGAAGGACUCAGAGAGGUUGGAGGGCUGGCAUCGAGAGGGUUUACGCUUUGGCAGUUAGGGGGUUGACGCUACGUCCCCUUUGGCAGUGAGAGUGUUGACUCCGCGCCCCAAUGAUCUGCUAAAUGCCAGGGGUGUAGGUCUAUUGGAGGUGCAGAUAAUGCUCUGCAGGAGGAGUCAGAGAGGUUGGAGGGCUGCCAUUGAGAGGGUUUACCCUUCUGACGGUUAGGGGAUUGACGCCACGUCCGAGUGAAGUGCUGGCUGUCACUUCUUUCCCCCGGAACAGGUGAAGGUGCAUUUGGGGGGGGCAGAUAUUCAAGGGAUGAGCACCUGGGGAGGAGAGGGUGGGGUGAGGGGCAUGCGGAGGGUGGUUUAAGUUGGGUUGAUGGUGUGGCAGAAUUUCGCUUUAGCCCCAGUGCACUCCCAGUUGCCACCUCUUUUCGCUGAAUAGGGGUGGAUGGGAGACUACGCAGAAGCAAAGUUUUCGGCACAGUUCGGAGCCUUCGGAAUCUUGAUGUUGACACCUCAGGAAUUUGGGCCAGGCCGCACUGGUGCUAUGCUCAUGUCAGCAAAGCAUGAAUGUGGCCAUGAUAUUAUCCAGGGUCGUGCUUCUGAAGCACAAGUAGGACCUUCAUGAAAGAAGGGCCAUGUGAUUUCAGUGGGCCUUCAUGAGGAUCAUGAAGGCUUAUGAUGGUUGCCGUUUGUGCCUAUUCUGCUCUGGUAUAGUCAGACCUGCAGUUGUGACCAAGGGAAUGAAGGACAGAAACGGAC